AAGUUCGUUUCCGUCAAAACGUCGUAGCCCUUGGAAGAAAUCCUUCGAUCCCAUCAAGUGCCCUUGGAAGAUAUCCACCGAUCCCAUCAAGUGGUCGUGAUCUUUGGAAGAAGUUCAACCCUGAAGUUCAACACUGUCAAGGAGCCGUGGCCCAUGGAAGAAAUCCAUCGAUCCCAUCAAAUGGUCGUGAUUCUUGGUAG